AUGGCCACUCUUACUGAUUUUGUCGACUUAUCGUCGACUACUCUCCUCGUCUCUGCGGCCACAAUUGCGUUCAACCCAGUUUUCUGGAAUAUUGUUGCUCGUGCAGAGUACAACAACCAUAUCUUGACUAGAAUUUUUGGAGGCGCCUACAAGGGAUGCUAUGCUCUUGCAUUCGCCAUUUUCUCGAUAGGUAUCCUCCGUGAUCAUAUCUACCAGCUUGCUCUGGAUGAGCAGCCAUUCUACGCUCCGGUGCAUCAGCCCAUUAUCGGCGGUAUUCUGUUUGCGACCGGUUCUGUCUUGGUUCUUUCCAGCAUGUGGGCUCUUGGUAUCACUGGCACCUACUUGGGUGAUUACUUCGGAAUUCUCAUGGAUGCCCCGGUUACUGGCUUUCCAUUCAAUGUGACAGGCUCGCCGAUGUACUGGGGCAGCACCAUGAACUUCCUGGGAGUCGCACUUUACAAGGGCAAAGUGGCGGGUCUUCUCUUGACUGCCGAAGUCUUUGUUCUGUACUGGUUUGCUUUGCAAUGGGAAGACCCCUUCACUGCCGAGAUCUAUGCGAAGCGUGAGCGUGAGCACGCUAAGAAGCAAGGCGGCAAGAAGCAGUAG